CGCUCCCCUCAGCGCGCAUGCGCCCUCCCCGCCCUCACAACGCCCGCCCGAGCGCGGCGGAUUCAAACCGGGGCUGGAACCGGGCCGGGAACCCGGGCUGGAACCGGGCUGAAACCGGGCCGGGGCAGCCGCGCCCGAGCCCCCUCCUCCCCCAGCCGAACAUCUUCCUCCUCCUGAGAGAGUGGGACCGUGACGAAGGCCGGGAAGCAGCGGCGCUGGGCCUGGUGAAACGUGAGGAGAAGCGGGCGCUGCCGCCGGGCGCUGGGGUGGCCUCGAUCCCCCUCAGGGUGUCCUGGUUCCAGGCAGUGUGAUGAUGAAGGAUAUGGCAUCCUCAAGCCUGGAAGAUUUAUGCCUCCACAUCAAUAUGAAGAUUUCAAAUAUUAAGAUGUGUCUCCUAUUGAGAAACAUAGGUGAGGAUAAUUCCCGCAAGCCUGUGCUCCGUAAAAUACAGAAGGAGGUGAUCCUUGUACAUGAUCUCCUGAAUGAAAUGGAAAAUGAAGUUAAACAGCAAGAAAAACUGAAAGAUUCGCUCAAAGAGAUGCAGAAGGCUGCUGAGAGAGAUCAGAAGGAAGCACAGCACCUCCUGGAACACAUUCCACGCUAUCUGCCCAAGCCACCCCAGAGCUGCAACACGGUGCCAACUGUGAAUCACAAAGGAGAAACAAAGGCUGUAGAACUCAAAAAUGAGAAGAAACCUGCAAAACAGAAAAAAGCCAUUAAAGAAGUAGCCUUAAUAACCACAGAGGAGUUUGAAAGUGUUCCUGCGUAUUUGAAAGGCCGUAUAACAUACGACCAGAUUAAUACAGUUGUUCAAGAGAUUAACAAGGCUGUGGUGGGCAAGUACAAGAUCUUGUAUCAGCCUUUGAAGUCUAUGAGUGCACCAGUCAGAAACCUCUACCACAGAUUCAUCGAAGAAGAAACCAUGGAUACAAAAGGAGCAUUUUUCAUUGUGGAGGAGGACAUCAAGGCGUUCACUCAGCUGAAAUUGGAUAAGCGCUUCCACAGCAUCCUCAGCAUCCUGAGGCACUGCCAGAGAGUGAGAGAGAUUCGCGGCUCGGGGCUCAUCCGCUACGUCCUGUGCUGACAGCUCCCCGUGCCCAGAGCCUGCCAGCCCUGCCUGGGCUCCAGGCAGCAGCAAGGAGGGACAGGGAGGCGUUUUGAAGCAUCUACCCCAAAAAAAGAGUGGUUUAUAAGCAUUUUAAUUUUGCUUUACAAAGUCAUGGGGCACUACAAACCCAAACCAGAAAGUCAGCUGGGCACAUUUUCUGGUCAGUAAGAUAAAAAAAUACAAAGUUUUCUGUAUUCUCACCAUGCUCCUUUGGUCCUAUUGUGUUUCUGAGUGGGUUUUUUUUUUCCUGUUUUAAUCUUUCUCUCAGAGAAUUUUUCUCCCAUUUGUUGCUUAAGAGAUGGGAAUAAUGGAUAUUUAAGUGAGACAAGAUGUGGCAGGAGAGGGGGUGACUAUGGGAUGGGGGGGAAAAGGGGUGCAGUUUGCUACUGUCCCUUAGCUGGGGGUUUUUCUUUUGGUAAAUGCAGAGACACCAUGAGCCUGGGCUGGAGGCCAGGGGCUGGGCUUGGCCCUCACGUGCUCUCAGGACUGGAGGGGAGACAGGGGAGGUUUUGGGGCCGGGCUGCUGCUGCUGUGGAGUUCUGUUCUGAACUGCUUCUCCUUAGCGCGCGUGAGCCUUUGCUUGUGAGAGCAGCCAUUGAGCUGGCACCUUCCCAACACCCAGCCUCACCAGCAGAGACCCUUCCCAUCUGCUCCAGUGCCACAGGGGAAACCCAGGAUCCUGACCCCCUCUGAAGGGAGAGAUGUGUCUGCUGGCUGCUCACAGGAGCCCGGCUGGCGCUGCCAAACCCCACUGCUCUCCGCUGCUGCUUCUGGCUUUUUGCUCUGCUUCAACCUGACCUGAUACCCAGCGAGUGCCUGGACCCUGUGGCUCCUGGCAGGCUCUGGGGUCACUGCUGCACUCUGUUCACCAUCCCUGGGUGCCAUCUCUGCUGAUUGUGUCCUUGCUGCUGGUUUGCCUGCCUGUACACCUUCUAGAAAACACAGAUUUAUGUUUAUAUGUAUGUUCUUCCAGCCAUUUCUUUGCCUCAAAGCCCCAUAAUUCCAAAAUUGUAAUAUUUUGGAGGGAAGGGGGUCAUAUUUCCCAACUUCCUUGGCAGACACUGAUGCCUUAAGUUUUACUUUUCACAUUUUCCAGAUUCAUACUGCAUUAGUAUGUAACUAUGAACUUCACAUAAAGCCUUCUCAAGUUCUCACGGUUCAGUCAGACAAAACAAUCCUUUUCCAGCCCCAGAACCAAGGACACCGUUGCAGCUUUGGGCCCAAAAGUUGCAAACAACAGCAAAGUGAGGAGAGCAAUCUGGGAGGGUGGGACUGCAUCACCUGGAGCUGUAAUUGGACAAUUAACCGCAAUUUGGAAAUGAACCAAAGCUUAUAAAAGUGAAAAUUCAUGACAUGCCAUCCAUCUUGGGCGUAGCCUCAGCCAGGCUCUUGUACAGGAUACAGAGGUGUAUCCUUUGAAGGCCCUUUAAUAAAUUCCUACUUUAUUCUUUUAACAUUGUCUAGCCUCUGUUCCAGGCAGCCUCUCAAGGCAUCAACACCUGUCUCUUAAACCAAUACAAUGAGUUGGAGUCUUUGUUUAAGAUUCCAUAGCUACUCAAAGGAAACCUCUGAUUCUUUUUUUUUUUCCCCCCAAUGCCUCAAACCAAUUUCCAGAUUUCCUUUUCUUAAUCUUUCUUCUUAUACUAAUUGUACAUUUUGGAGUUUUCUACAUCAGUUGACCAGGAAGAUCUGAGGUGGUCCAAAGACUUCUGGACUGGUAAUUCUGCUAGUCCUGUGCUUUUCCUCCAAAUUCUUCCCUCAGAUACUCAGACUGGCCUGAAACAGUAGGGGUUUGAAGUGAAAAUAUUCACAUUAAUAAUGAAAAUUCAGGUCAAACUUGUCCUGCUUUUAUUGCAAAAGUCUUUAUUACAGCUUUUGUUAUAGAAGGUUGUUUUCAAAUUAUGUAUUAGCAUAGUAAGGUUCAGAGUAGAUCUAUUGUGAUAAAUAUAAACUCUGCAAGUAAUAAACACUGUUUUGGUAAGAAAAGCUGUAUUCUUUUUCUUUAAUGAGCCUAUAUCUGCUGUUAUCCUAACAUCUCAUCUGAAACGCCUCCUCUUGUACUCUAUCAUCAUUAACA